CACCGACCGGCCAUUGAUCUCGAACCUCCACACAAGUCCUUCGGUUAAGGUUGAGAAUUUCGAGGCAAGAGGUAGGUAGCUACCCUAGCCAUGUCUCCCUCCCCUGAUAUAAACCUCCCCCGCGUGCUCAUCGUCUCCCGCCGCACCGUCCGCAAGAACAAGUUCGUCGACUUCGUCGGGGAGUACCACCUGGACCUGGUUGUGGGCUACGGCGCGGUGCCGGUCAUCGUGCCGCGGGUCGCCGGCCUGCACGCCAUGCUCGACUCCUUCGAGCCCAUCCACGGCGUGCUCCUCUGCGAGGGCGAGGACAUCGACCCCUCCCUCUACGACGCCCGCCGCGACGGCGACGGUGAAGGCGACGCGCUCUCGCCGGAGCAGCUUGAGGCCGUGAGGCGCCUCCACCCGAGCGACGCCGCCGUGGACCACGAGAAGGACUCCAUCGAGCUCCUCCUCGCACGCCGCUGCCUCGAGCGCAACGUCCCGUUCCUCGGCAUCUGCCGCGGCUCGCAGGUGCUCAACGUCGCCUGCGGUGGCUCUCUCUACCAGGACGUGGAGCAAGAGCUCCACCCCCAGGACGACGCAGCCGUGUGCCACAUGGACUACGCCAACUACGACGGCCACCGGCACCCGGUGCGCGUGCUCCCCGGCACGCCGCUGCACGACUGGUUCGCGGACUCGCUGCUCGACGGCGACCAGCUGAUGGUGAACAGCUACCACCACCAGGGCGUGCGGCGCCUGGCGGAGCGGUUCGUGCCCAUGGCGCUUGCGCCGGACGGGCUGAUCGAAGGAUUCUACGACCCCGAAGCGUAUCACCCCGGCGAGGGCAAGUUCAUCAUGGGCCUCCAGUUCCACCCGGAGCGCAUGCGCAAGGAGGGCUCCGACGAGUUCGACUUCCCCGGCUGCGCCAAGGCCUACCAGGAGUUCGUCCGCGCGGUGGUGGCAUACCAGGGGAAGCUGGCCGCCGCGCAAGUGCACCUCCGGAGCGCGGUCACCACGCCGCACAAACUGAACCAGGAAAUGGAGAAGCAGCGCAAGGUGAUCGUCCGGAGCGUCUCGCUCGCCAAGAACACGUACGUGUUCGGCAACAACACCGGUGCGCGGCAGCCGGCGGAGCACCGCGACGGGGACCUUGACGCCGGCGCGGAGUUCAUUGAGUCGAACACGGCGCUGAGCGUGCAGCAGGAGAAGCGGCUGAAGCAGAUGGGCGCGACGGUGCGGAACGCGUCCGGGUACAUGAGCAGGCUCAAGGUGAGCGAGGAGCGGGAGGCGGCGGCGCGGGCGCUCAUGGCCAAGAUGUUUGUCGCCCAGCUCGCCAGCCUCGCCGCCUUCUACCGCGCCAUGGGCAACGUCUGCUCCGAGGUGCUCGACGCCAAGCUCCAGCCGCCGUCUCCAACCCUGCACGAGUGACCCGUGCGUCCUCUGUCUAUGUGAACCUGGCCGGAAAUGCUUGCUUGGUUCAUCAGAAAUCCAAAUAUUGCAUGGCAUCCUGAAUUAAUUAAACCGUGAUGUUGAUGCAUGUAACUCGACAAGUGUUAGUUGACUUUGUUUCUGUGUCCGUACAUGGCAUCUAGCGCUGACUUUGAUGAGAUGAAAUGAAAGACGAAGAGAGUAAGUAGUGUAGAUCGUUCGUAAUUGAGGUGUCAUUCUUAUCCCGUGGUCAUCCCCUCGUACGUACUCCUAUCUAACUUGUGUACCACAGUUUCUUCAUCGAAUUAGCUUCAUGAAGCGGAAAAAUAUGAAGCUACUUUUCGACUGUGCAGGAGGGGCGA